AUGCCUUCCGUCGCCGCCUCCCGCUCCGCCAACGCCUCCUAUGCAUUCCCCGCCGCGCCUGUCGCUAUAUUCGUCGGCGGGACAUCCGGAAUCGGCCAGGCCGUCGCAGAAGCGCUCGCCCGCCAUACAAACGGCAGAGUCCACCUCAUCAUCGUAGGGCGCAAUCGCGCCGCAGCAGAGUCCAUCUUCGCCACGCUUCCCGCCCCCGUCCUGCCCGAUGCGCGCUACGAGUUCGUCGAGUGCGACGUAACCCUCGUCAAGAACGUCGCCGCGACGACGUCCGCGCUCCUCGCGCGCCUGCCCAAAGUCAACUACCUCGUUCUUUCGCCCGGCAUCCUGUCCUUCAGGGGGCGCAGGGACACCUCGGAAGGGAUCGACAGGAAGCUUGCGCUAAGCUACUACGCACGGUGGAAGUUCACGCAGGAUCUGCUUCCGCUAUUGCGCGCCGCAAAGGGCGCGGGUGAGGAUGCGCGGGUCAUGUCGGUGCUCGCGGCGGGAGAGGGCGGCAAGAUCGACGUCGAGGACCUCGGGCUCAAGGAGAGCUACUCCGGCUUUAAUGCGAUGCUCGUAGCGUCGACGUACAACGAUCUCAUGGUCGAAUCAUUCGCGGAGCAGGAGACCGGCGCGUCCUUCGUUCACAUCUAUCCCGGCGUCGUGCGCACGCCCAUCGUGAACAGAAUUGUCCAGUUGCUCCUGUAUCCGUUCGUGCGCGCACCGGAGGACUGCGCCGAGCACAUGCUCUAUGCGCUGCUGCACGCGGACGCAGGAGCGCACAGAAGGGGCGCAAAUGGAGACGACAUUGGGCGGAAAGCCUACUAUGGCUCCGAUGAGGCGAGGGCACAGCUAUGGACACACACGGUAGAAGAGGUGCAGCGUGCGUUGGACGUCAAGCCGAGCUGA